AUGGAAUGCCAGGAGGAGCGAUGGUCUGCGUGGGUAUCAACGAGAAGCACCAGCCGCGUUAUUGGCACGGAUAGUGUUCGAUGCAUCGCGCAUAGACGCCCGCGCCAAGCCGAGGCGGAAGGAAAUGACCGCGGCAGGCUGUGGUCCUUUUCUCGCUCAACCAAGCCAGAAUCUUGGAGACAAGUCUUUUCUGGAGGGGAUAGCACAGGAAUUGGCGGUGUCGUCAUUCUAGUGCUUGUUGGGGUUAACUGGUCGACAAGGAGUUCACGACUCAAAUCCAGUUCGACGACGACGACAACUCCAACGACGGGCCUUUCAAGAAAAUCUUCAUUUGGCAAGCUCUUAUCCAAGUAUUCGUCGACCUCCCCCAGCAGUACCGUAUCCAAUGCCACCAGUUCAAGAACGGAGACUGCGGAGUCUCCAACGACCAAGCACCCGGUUGUGCACCAAAGGCAGUUGUCCUUUGGUUCUGUGUCUUCCUAUUCCUCCGACUACUCUGACACAGACGACGAAGACGACCUUGGCACCCAGAGUGAUUUUGUGUUGAGUUCGAGUGCCGUGCGGUUGAAGAGGAGGGCGACGACGGCGUCUUAUGGUGGAGGUGACAGGCGGAGAAUUGCUAUUGUGCAGAUGGAGGCGUUGCAGGAGGCCAACGACGCGUCGGAGACCAACUCUUCAGCAAGCUCUGUUCGUUCCAGGCGUGGACUCGCUGGACUCGCGCUCGUCGCGCCUCCAGACGCGGCGAUGAAGAACUUCAUCUCGCCGCCCUCGACUGCGCCGCCAUACACUGCCACCAGCGAGGCUAUCCACCGCCACCACCGUUCAGCGUCUGAGACGGCCGUUAUCGACGCUGACGGCAAAGAAGCAAACGUGACGGGUAUUGACACCGCAAGCGAGGCCGUCCGAGACAACAACAAGACCGUCAUCACAAACUCGGAUACUUUUUACUCGGCUUAA